UCGUCCCGCCAUCUACUAAAUACUUUAUAGUUGAGAAUUUCGGAUAUCGUGUUUCCUUCGCCGCGGCCGUUUUACAUUAUUUAGGCUGUGACACUCUUGUAGUGGAGGAAACACAAACCCGGCGAUCGUAUGGAAAUUUGCUCAAUUGUCGAACUCUCUACCUACUUUUACACGAGAAUUCCCAGCACCCUGAGUACCCCGAGUCUUCCCCCAGCGCCCGGCCAUGGAUAUCGACACCAGUCCAACUUUCCUCACCCUCGCCAUUAUCCCUGCGUUCCUCCUCUUCUUCUGGACUAUCUCCGCCACCACAAUCAAGUCGUCAUUUGGCCUUUCGUUCCCCAGUGUUCAGAACAAAAGGAUAUGUCUUUUGAUCGCCCAUCCCGACGAUGAGGCAAUGUUCUUUGCGCCAACACUGAUAGCGAUGACCCGGGCGGAAUUGGGAAACCAUUUAAAAAUCCUUUGCUUGAGCUCUGGCGACGCAGCCGGCCUCGGCCACAUACGUAAAAAAGAAUUAAAAGCCAGCGCCCUCCGCCUCGGUCUCCGAAGCGAAGCUGACGUCUUCGUCGUAGACGACCCAUCCCGCUUUCCAGACAGCAUGACCGCAACCUGGUCCGCCUCCGACAUCUCCGCCCUCCUUGCCUCUGCCUUCGCGCCCGACCUCCCCUCCGCUACGGCCAACGGCUCCUCCAAACCAACAAACAAUCCCCCAACAGCCACCAUCGACAUCCUGAUCACCUUCGACCAGUCCGGCGUCAGCAACCACCCAAACCACCGCUCCCUGUACCACGGCGCCCGCGCCUUCCUCCAAAACCUCAUGAAGGGCAAAUCUGGCUACGCCUGCCCCGUCACUCUCUACUCGCUGACGUCCACAAGUAUCCUGCGCAAAUACAUUGGCAUUCUGGAUGCACCACUGAGCAUGGUGCAUGGGUUUGUUGGGGCUGUCUUUGAUCGGAAGCCGGCUGCAAGUACAGCUAAGGAUAGACAGCCGAAACGACUGCUCUUUGUUAGCGGGAUUACGGAUUGGUUGGCUGGCGUGAAAGCUAUGGUGCGCGCACACAAGAGCCAGAUGGUCUGGUUUCGCUGGGGGUGGGUAUCCAUCGGGAGGUAUAUGGUUGUUAAUGAUCUGAAACGGGAGGCGGUAUAGAUAUUUGAAUGGAGUUUUGGGACCUUCAAGGAGGGAGUUUGGAUGAACUGUAGCUUGUGGUGAUAGAAGGAGGUGUUGAAAGGUGUUGAUAGAUUGAGACAUGUGUAGUUGUAAUACCCAUCUGUAACAUAGUAGAUGUUGUUGUAAGUUUAUAUACUGUACAUACUAUAGUUAUACGGCAUUUUUAUAUAAUAUAAAGCUGGUUUUUUCUAAUGGUUCAAGAAUGGUGGUUUGAUAGGCGGGAUGCUUUGUGAAGUGAACAAUGGGUAAAAUCCAAGAUAGUUUUCUGAACAAAAUCUAAUUGUAGAUCCAUCCUGGUAAAAGUGUACUGUACAUUACCCCGUUGCAAGCUCUGGAAUCUAUAAGACGAAGUAAAGAUGGUAGAAGCAAGAGUCCAUGAGGGGUGCUUUAAGGCAACAUGGCCUUGACGGGUUUAAUGCUAGAGAGAGACAAUGGCAGGAGAUCUGGGGUAAAUAUAAGGAGACAGGUUGGCCGGAUUUUCAUCUAACGUACAUACAUUUAACAUGGGGUAUCAGAUAUGUGGUCUGAUGUGAGGCGGGAUUCGGUAAGAGGUAUCGAAUAUAUUAUCACUCCAUUAUGCGGCUAUAAAUUGUCAAGGAAGAAAGUAUUAACAUAAACACCAAACUAGUAUGUUCGCGCAGCAUCCAGCUCAUAAAACUCUGUGUCGUGGGAAUCAUCCAGGCGCGCAUUCGGACGUUCGCCAAUGAUUUCAAAGUAAUCCGUGAGCAAUACGCCCUCGUCUGAAUCGUACAGACCAAGUUCCCGAUCAGUGACGCCCUUCUCCGGGCGCUCACGUUUGCCGUGGGGCCAGAAGCUGAUAGGAAGGAACUCCACAAUCCCUCCUCUAGUCUUAUAGUAUACGUUCUCCGGUAGAAAUGCUUCCCACUCCCGCAGGAAGCGCGGGAGGAGUUGGCGUUCCCAACGGUCAGUGUCCGGGACCCAUCGUCUGCCAACAAUCAGUAGCCGCACCCAUCGCUCGAUAAAUGAUGCAUCUCGGCUGGUAUUCAGUUGCUCUAAAUUGAAGGCAGCCUUCAUGGCUCUGUACUCCUUUAUCAUGGAUAGACUGACCGCCGGCGUGUCGACUUCCUCUGUGUCGUUGGCCAGGUCCGGGUCCAUUGGGUCCUCCGCUUCAAUCGCGUUCAACCGAGAAAGUUGCCUUCUUACCCACCUCCGGUUAAGAUAGCUAGGAGCCAUCCCCGUUUCUUUGGCCUUAGCCUCUUCACGCCAGUAUGGCAUCAGCCGAUUAGCCAGGUCUAGUUGAUAUUGUGCUCUUUUGGCUUCUCGAAUAGCUUCAUUUCUAGCGACUGGGUCAAGCGGCGCACUUGUAUAAUUUCCCAUUCGCGCCCCUAAGCCAGAUUUUUGGAGGUUGGUUAUUAAGCGCUGGUAGUUAUUCUUCAGCGUGACCUGCGUUCGAAUUUUUUCUGGUAGGAAAUUCAAAAGAUGAUCAACGAACGCGUAUUUCGCCGUAUUUCUUCUCCUUAAGGAUUCCUGGAAUAAUGCAUAUCCUUCGCGCAUAUAUUUCAAAGUAUCGUCAAGAUUGCAUCGUGACCAGGAUGUGGAAAUGAGCAUGUCGUAUAGUGGUAGCGUCGGCUUCACAUUAUAUGGACUAGAGGUCAUUGUAUCAAACAGUCUCUUGACAGUUUCCUUGGGAACCUUCCCCACGCUGUUUUCCUCAGCUCUAGGACCCCACCUCUUGACGGACAAGACAUAGGCCCAUUCGAUUAAUUCCAACCAGACGGAGUCGGGAAUAGGAAUUUUGUAAUGGGUAGAAAUGAAGUCAACAAGUCGAAGCGCGGUGGAAAGAUCGUUGUUCGAGCCAAAGAUGUGCGAAACUGCAUACAAGAUGCGAGAUGUAGGAUGUAGCGGGUCUGUGGGGUUGAACUGUGUAACGGGAGGGAUGUUGGCAGGAUCCUCACGAGUCAGUAUCAACUCGACGUCGAUAUUCCACACUGUUUUCAGGACAUUUUCUACGGCCACAAUGUGGCCUUCUCUACUAGAAGCAAUCAUAACAUUGACAUAGGUAGCUUCGUCGGGCUUUUGGCCGCUUGAAACCAUUUCGUCAAACAACCGAAGCACUUGUUGCCGAACACUGUUUUCGCCGGCAGUGCUGUAUCCUUGGUAACCAACAUUCUUGUCGCUAUAACUUCGCUUCCUAUAAACCCAGGGCGUGAAUCUUAAAUUGAAUUUCUCUUUCGACACGUAUGCAUGGUGCCACGCUUUUGCUUCCAUGCAAUGGUUGUAACAGGCAGUAUUUGGCUCGAUUCCGUCCACCCUCAUAUCAUGCCACAGACAGUCCGCCAUGUCCGCAUCUCCCAUUGACCGUGCGCAAUCCAGAAGAUGAGUAUAUUCGGAAAUUCCCAAUUUGAAGCCAGCCCCGCGGCGUUUCUCAACAGCGAAAUGGAGAACCCGUUUGAACUCGUCAAAGGUUACUUCGAGCGUCUUAUAACCCUUGGCGUGUGCCACGGCCGGAUGAAAUCUUCUGUGUAGUUUUUUAUGAGGCUCGAUAAAAUGUGAAGGGGUAAGGAGGGAGAGUGCUACAGCAAACGCCGAGUCGGGUAAAUUAUACGUGAUAGACUGGAUUUGCUCAGGGCCCAAAAAGGCAUAUACAACCAUAUCUGGAUUCUCUCUGUCAAAGUAAUCAAGAAUUCCAUCUUCCAUGGAGUAGUAUGUAUCCAUUAAUUCGGUAGUGAAGGUUUUGUAUGGUCUGCCGUCUUGUCUCUUCAAAUCGGCUUCGGUCCGUCUAUGCGUGUCAAGAUUGAAGGACAGAGCUUGCAGGAGGAAAGGGGGCUCUGACCCUUCCGGAUCUUUGAGCUUCGACGCAUUCCAUGCUGUUUUAAGCCGCUUGAACGACCACGGACUGUACGCUCCAGUCGAGAGCUUUCUUGAUUGUUGGGCAACAAAGCGGGCGCGGUGACCAGGGCGAACUGUAUACCAGCGGAGGUAGCCAUCACCGGUAAGCCGCGUGCAACAUGACGGGCAGACAAAAUGAGAGCUCAGGGCCUCACUUCUAAAACCAAUUCCUCGCAUCAAUGCGUGAUGUGCUAGAAUGGGUCGAAUCGGGAGGAUCAAUCGUAGCUGGCAAUGGAUG